GAAAAGAAAAGAAACCUAUACAUAUUAGCUGGUAGCGGUAUCAGUCGAGAGUUUCGUAUACACAGAGACAGAGAGCAGGAGAAUGUCGUCGAAUCAGCCUCAGGAGCAUUACUACAGAGCUGGCCAAGCCGAAGGCCGCGCUGAGGAGAAGACUGGGAGGGUGGCGGACACGGUGAAGGAGAAGGCUCGGUCAGCAAAGGAGACGACCGAGCAGAAGGCACAGGAGGCCAAAGAGAGGGCUGCCCAGACGGCUCAGGAGGCAAGAGAGAAGGCUGCGCAGGCGGCGGAAGCGACCAAGGAGAAGACGUACGAAGGGAAGGAGAAGACGAAAGGGGUGCUGGCGCAGACGGGGGACAAGGUGAAGCACAUGGCCGAGAGCGCAGCGGACACCGUGAAACAGACGCUGGGGAUGGGCGGGCAGCAGCACGAGCAGAGCAGCACCACCGGCGGGACCGGGGAGGAUCGGGUGAUUCAUGAGAGGCAGGAGCAUGGGACGGGCGGUGUGUUGGGUGGCACCGGCGGGCAGCGUACUACUACCACCACGACGCGCAAGGAGUCCAAUUACUAG